ACAGAACUUCUACUCCACCAUGCCACUUCGGCACCAGCAUCGAGGCACCAGCAGAGAGAUCACGACACCUUGGCUACUUCUGCUUCUUCCCUUGGCUCCUCCGCACCUACGCCCCCACCUUCCUCUAUUCUGAAUCCUCCGACAUGGAAGCAGCCAGCUAUCGCGCGGCGCGAGACCGAUGGGGAGGUUAUGGAGAAGCCCCCCAGACACCGCUACAGCGGUAUAUCACAAACGCAUGCGAUCCGCAGAAUUUCGAGCCGAACCUGGCGCUAAACCUCGAAAUUGUGGACAUGAUAAACAACAAGAAGGGCAAUGCGCCGCGCGAGGCAGCCAUCGCGAUUGUGGGCUACGUCAACCACAGAAACCCGAACGUGUCGAUGUUGGCGCUCAACCUUCUAGACAUCUGUGUGAAGAAUUGUGGAUAUGCUUUUCACCUGCAGAUCAGCACGAAGGAGUUCCUAAACGAGCUUGUCAGAAGGUUUCCGGAGAGACCACCUGCUCAUCCGUCACGGUCCAUGAUGAAGAUCUUGGAACUCAUCGAGGAGUGGAGGUCGACGAUAUGUCAGACGUCAAGGUACAAGGAGGAUCUAGGCUUCAUAAGAGACAUGCACAGGCUUCUCAGCUAUAAGGGCUACGUGUUCCCGGAAGUUCGGCGGGAAGAUGCGGCAGUUUUGAACUCCAGCGAGACCUUGCGAUCGGCAGAGGAGAUGGAGGAGGAGGAAAGGGCAGCACAGUCAGCAAAGCUACAGGAGCUCAUACGGCGAGGCACGCCGCACGACUUGCAGGAAGCAAACAAGCUGAUGAAAGUCAUGGCGGGCUAUGACACACGAAACAAGACGGAUUGGCGCGCAAAGGCAGCCGAAGAAGUUGUCAAAGUGCAGCAGAAGGCUAAGCUUUUGGAGGAUAUGCUGCAGAAGCACCAGGCCGGCGAAGACUUAGACGCAAAAGGCGACGUGUUCGAGGAACUUGCGACAGCAUUGAUGAGCGCGCACCCUAAAAUUCAGAAGAUGUGCGAAGAAGAGUCCGACGACCAUGAAGCGGUGGCUAAGCUUUUUGAGAUCAACGACAGCAUACACAGGACCAUUGAGCGCUACAAGCUGACCAAGAAGGGCGACCUGGACGCGGCAGCGAAGAUCCCGGCGGGCACUUUGGGCACGAGCGGGGCAGGCGUUAGGAGAGGAAACAACAAUGAGCUUUCGCUGAUCGAUCUUGGAGGACCCGAAGAUACACAGCCAGUUGCUACACCUGCUCAGUCGGCUGAGUCAUCAGCGCAGCCGAAGAAGGCCGGCAACGCGCUGGAGGAUGAUCUGUUGGGCCUGUCGAUAGGAGGUGAGACCUAUGGUCAAGGAGGGGCGUUAUCACUGGGAGGAUCCAACGGCUUCGCCUCACAACCAGGCUCGACAUCGCAACCCCAUCUCUCAAACGCCCAAAUAACCAGUAUGUUCAAUCAGCCCGGGCAGCAGCAGCCGUCUCCAGCUCCGCAAACCAGUGCCUUCGGGGGCAUGCCCACAUUCUCACCUCCCAUGUCAUCCUCUUCCCGCCCGUCCUCGACGGCCCCGAAUGUGGCUCCGUCACCGAAACCAGACCCCUUUGCUGCCUUGUCCACACACACGCCACGCGGCGCUUCGCCGUUCCAGUUCCAGCAGUCGAUACAGGCACCGGCGCAGCCUUCGCAAGCUUCAAACGAUCCCUUUGGCCUUGCCCAAUCCAUCACACCUCAGCAGCACCAGGCAUCCACCGCCACCCCCACCGCCACAGCAGCAACAAUAACCGGCGCCGCUGCAACCGACGCGGCUGCAGACGACGAGUGGACGUUCGCCUCUGCCCUCCCAGCUCCGUCCACCUCAAACACGCUCACCAUCGCGUCCGCCUCCGUAGCCAUAACGUGGGCCAUCUCGCGCUCGCGCACAGACCCAGCCCAGAUCGACAUCGCCUCCUCCGUCAGCAACAGCACCCAGCAGCCCAUCUCCGAGUUCACCUUCCAGGUCGCCGUCAGCAAGGCCUACAAGCUGCGCCUCGAGCCCCAGAGUGGCCGCGACCUGGCCCCGGCCCAGCGCGCUGGCAUCACGCAGCGCAUCUUCUUGCUCAACGUCCCCGCCGGCGAGGGCGGCAAGGUCAAGAUGCGCUGGAAGGCCACUUUCGUCGUCGGCGGCCAGCGCAAGGAGGAGAUGGGCGAAGUGAGCUCCCUAGGCGUCGAUUGAUCCAGUUGGGGAGCGGGGGACGUCGGGCGCACGCGCAGCACGUUUUUGCCGGUUUUUUUUUCCUCUUGAUUCUAUUUUUCUGGCCCGUUUGGCCAAACCGAAAACCCCCUACUCGCAUACUCCCUCCCCCUCCCUCCAUCUUGCCAAAUAGUUCGUCACAAUAGAAGACCACCCUUUUACUUUGCAGAACUCCUCUUUUUUUUCUCCCGCCCUUUUGUUAAAAAACUUUUUUUUUUAUUUUUCCUUUUUCUUCGUCGUCUUUUUUUUUUCUUUCUUGGUUCACAGGAUUUAACCUAAAAAGAAGCGGUCUCAUUUCUGUGGGUUCAAAACUGGAUGUUUUGCUAAUUCUUCAUUCUCGUGGGCGCUUCUUGAUAACUACACCACGUGCGCGUGAUAACUCGGGAACGAAGAAUGCAUAUCUGUACGUGCAGGGACGGGAAGAAAUAGAGAAUGAAACGUG